CGCGAACCCGACCAUCUGACAGCAGGUGUUCACGACUUCCAAGUGAAACUUCUCAAAGUGUUUUCUGGCAUUUUGUUAUUGAAUUUGCUCCUGUUGACCAUUGCUUGGAAAUAUUACGGCAAAGACAUUUACGAACGUUUUAUUAAACUAGCAAGCACCAAAGAAAUCGAAGAGUUAAAGGCGAGCGUAUCAAAGUUAAAACUCCCCAAAGAACACACCCCAAGAAUCUAAUUAUGGCAGAAAAAAUCUCUGAAAAAGUGAAAAACUUCUUUGCCAAAAAGAAGGCGGAUUCUAAGUUUAAGAAAGCUGGUCCGGGACACAAGUUAACAGAGACAUCCUCUACAUCAGUAGUGGCACCUCAGAAAAAACCUGGAUAUGUACCGCCACCAAAAACAGAACCAUCAGAGGCUAGAAGAGCAGCAGCGGAGGCUGCUUUAAGUAGACUGUCCAAUCAAAAGAAGGACUCUACAUUUAAUACUUCUCUGGCUGCUAUUCAAGCAAAAGUUCGAAGGGAACUAGAAGCAGAAAAAAAGAACAAUGCUGAAUCAAAUGAAAUCCCACUUCAUGGACCAAAACAAACAGAGCUGGAAACAUCUCCGCAUUUAGCAGUAAAAGGUGUUUACUUUAAAUGUCCCCUAAUAAGCGACGAGGUCCUGACCAAAGAAGAAUGGAAAGUAAAAAUCAAAGAGUUUCUAUUUGCCGCCCUGGAGGAAGAGCGCGGCAUAACUGCCUGCCUAAUUUUAUAUUCAUGCAAUUAUAAUAGAUCUAAGGUACAAGAGUGUGUUAAUAUCCUUUGUCGAUACAUAGAUAACAUAAUGGCAAACCCGACUGAAACAAAAUUCCAUAAAAUCCGAUGUUCCAAUCAAACAUUUUCGGAAAAGGUGGCUCCUUUAUUGGGAGCCACGGAGUUUUUGUUUGCGGCCGGUUUCAGACAGCAAAAACUGGAACAUAAUGGCACCGAGGAAGAUUUUUGGGUGUGGUCAGAGGAUAACUUAGAAGGAACAACUUUAGAGUUCUUAAGAGAUGCUCUCAAGUCGGAAAAUCGAAUUGAAUUAGAGUUAGACAGGAAUUUGCAGGUUCUUUCUCCAGCCCAGGCGGCAGUAAGAGUGGAACUACCUCAUGACUUUUAUGCAAUGUCACCGGAAGAGAUUAAAAAAGAACAACAAACUAGGAGUGAAAUGGCAGAGAAACAACUGCAACUAAGAACAAAAGCAAUGAGGGAAAAGGAUGAAUUAAGGGAAAUUCGAAAAUAUAAAUUCUCCUUAAUCAGAAUAAGAUUCCCGGAUGGAAUCUACUUACAAGGCACAUUCUCAGUUUACGAAAAAUUCUCGGAAAUAAUGGACUUCGUAAGAGAAAACUUGGAACAUGAAGGUUUGCCCUUCGUCCUCGGCAUCCCGACCGGCCAAAAGUUUGAUGAAAAAGACUUCGAAUCGACGUUACAGGAACUGCGCCUCGUCCCGGCGACAAUUCUGAUAUUCCAGUGGGAUCCGGCCUUCGAUGAGGAAAUUAAAGCCUCCGGAAGCACUACUUACCUGAAGCCAGAAGUCACCGUCCUGAUGCAAGAGAUGUAGAGAAGGUUAAUGUGAUAAAAACAAUUAUUAUGGUUUUUCUAAUUAUAUAUUUAUUGUCGCUGUUUAAACUUUAAGGAAAUAUUACACAUCUUUUAUUAUAAAUUUUAAUAUAUUGUAUUAAAAAUGAAUUUCUAGCUUUGUUGAUUGAUGUAAUAAUUUAAAAUGAAAUUAAAUCUCAUUAAUAAAAUAUUAAUUCGA